AGAAUGACUUCCCCAUACGCUACAAUCGUCGACGCUAGAGAGUUCAAUGCUCCGAUGUUCGCUGAGAAGAUCGACCGUGCUCUUCGUGCCGGAGAGAAGGACGCUGUUGUCAACGUCAUCACCUCGAUCUCCAACGCUCAGCGCCAGCAGCUCCGCGAGCCAUACAAGCUCAAGUACGGAAAGGACAUCAUCCAGGCUCUUGACAAGAAGUUCUCUGGAGAUCUCGAGAAGGCCAUCUUCGCUCUCAUGGAAACUCCAUUGGAUUAUGAUGUGAAGCAGCUUAAGGCUGCCAUGAAGGGAUUGGGAACUGACGAGGCUGUGCUCAUCGAGAUUUUGUGCUCCAGAACUGUUGAUCAACUCCGCGCCAUUCGUGUGACCUACGAGAAGGAGUAUGGAAAGGCUUUGGAAGCUGACAUCGCUGGAGAUACUUCUGGAGAAUUCCGUGAUCUUUUGGUCAGCUUGGUCACUGGAUCCAAAGACGGAUCUCAUGAUACCAACGACGCUCAGGCCAAGGAUGAUGCUGUUCGCCUGUUCGCCGACGGAAAAGCCAAGCUUGCCAAGAAGGACGGAACACACUUCCUUCACAUCCUCGCCACUCAAAAUCAAUACCAGCUCCGCAAGGUCUUCGCCUACUUCCAGGAACUCGCUGGUGGCUCUAUCGAGAAAAGCAUCGAGAAGGAGUUUUCCGGAGAUCUCCAGAAAUCCUACCUCACCAUUGUCCGUGCCGCUUCCGACAAGCAGAAGUUCUUCGCUCAGCAGCUCCACGCUUCCAUGAAAGGACUCGGAACUCGCGAUAACGACUUGAUCCGUGUCAUCGUCACUCGUUCCGAAGUCGACUUGGAGCUCAUCAAGGCCGAAUUCCAAGAGCUCUACUCUAAGAGCUUGGCCGACACAGUGAAGGGAGACACUUCUGGAGCCUACCGUGACGCUCUGCUCUCCAUCAUCAAUGGAAACCACGCUACUGCCCACUAGAUGCUGAAAUUGACAAACCCAAGCUUUACUUCAUUAAUUUCGUAUUAAAAUUCACUUUUCAACCCCUAAAAUGUUACCUGCAUUCCUCUCCUAAUAUGUACCAGACUGGAUUGUAUUUUUUAUGUUCAAAUGUCGCAUUUUGUAAUAAAAAUCUUAAAA